CCGGGUUCCGACGCUUCCGCUUCCGGGGUGGCGGCGGCGGGCGGCUGUGGAGGCCGGGAGGGCUCGGCGGCCGGAGGUGCCUGGGCGCGAACUUGCCUCCCCGGGAGAAGCGGGAGCCGGAACGGCGGGAGUGGAGCUUCAGGUUGAAAUUAGAGGAGGAGAAGCAGCAAUACUGUGGCAGCUGUGCUAGGAGGACCUUGGCUUCCUAUCCCCAUCCUGAAGGGAGAUUUAGGUUUGGGGUGACUCAUCCACAAGAACAGCACAGCCUGUAGCUUUCAUCAGCUUUUGACAGGGCUGGGGAAAUUUUCUGUGCGCAAAUUCUGGGCACUCCCGACUCCAGAAAGAUGUCGUCAAAGUGGAAGGAAUUCAUCAUUACAGCAGGUGGCUGCAAAGUGCCCUCGGUGAUAAUCCGUUCUCCGAAACCUAAAAGCAGCUGAGCUCUCAGUGGUCUGCUCCAGUGACUAGCAUGCAUUCCCAAGCCUUCAGUGCUGGACCCUCCCUAGUCAAGGCGAGUCUCCUGGCCUGCGAGGGACUCUCUGGGGUUUGCCUGGUGCCGACGGUUGCCAGCAAGAAGAUGAUGCCGAAGCAAAGCCCUAAGCAGGUGGAGAAUGGAGAAAGGGGUGCUCCAAACAUGCUGGGACAUCACCGCAAGGAAAGCGAGAAGUCGCGCAGCCGAAAGGAAGAGGAAGCGACAGAAGGGUCUCAGCCCAAAAAGUCUCAUAAAAAGGUCAUGGUGAUUGAGCAGAACGGGUCAUUCCAGCUCCGAAUCCCCAAGAACUUUAUUUGCGAACACUGCUAUGGUGCAUUCCGGAGCAGCUACCAUCUCAAGAGGCACAUCCUCAUCCAUACAGGUGAGAAGCCAUUUGAGUGUGAUGUGUGUGACAUGCGCUUCAUCCAGAAAUACCACCUGGAGCGCCACAAGCGUGUGCACAGUGGGGAGAAGCCGUACCAGUGUGAGCGCUGCCUGCAGAGCUUCUCCAGGACAGACCGGCUGCUGAGACACAAACGGAUGUGUCAGGGUUGCCCCAGCAAAGCGUCUGACUCACAGCUGCUGCUUUAGGGGUAGGCCAGGAGAAAGGGGAAACUAGGAGGAGCUGCAAAGCAAACAGGAUUAUCUGUGGGUUAUUUUGUUCAUUUGUUGGGGUGGGGUGGGGUUGUGCUUGUGUCUGCCUGCUGGGCCUCCCCCUAUGGAAGGGGGCAGAGCUGAGUUGGCGCACAGACUUUCAGACAAGGUCUUGGCACUGUAAAUAAGUUGAGGACAAACCAGGGCUGGCUUCCCAGUCCCUUGUGGUUGUGGAUAAACUUUGUCUGAGUUCCUCUUUUUUGUUGGAGUUAUCACCAUUUGCCUCAGGAAAGGCGUUGUGAGAACGGCUGCACCCUCCUGCAAGACCCGAUUAUGAUGUUCGAUGCUCUCGAUUGACAGAGCUGCCAGCUCUUGCCCAUUCUUUUGGGCCUGCCAAGAUGGGAGAAGGACAGACUACUAAUCAUUUUUAAAAAUUACUGUUAUUAUUUUAAAAAGACAACAAUCAAGCAUCAAACUGUUUUCGCAGAGCUGAGAAGCAAAAGCUGUGGAUUUAAGAGACAGGUUAGCGACAGAAGGGUUUUGAUUCCUAAGGGGUCGCAUCAGAGCUUUGCCAUAACAGGAGCCUGUCUCUUUGGAGCUUUUCCAGAAGGUCUACAGAGCUUUUUAUUCUCCUGCAGGAUCUGGAUCCCUUUCUCAACCCUCAGGUUUCAAGAAACAAGGGCUGGUGGGGUGAUGUGUGCUCCUGGGUACCAUAAAAGCCCACCUUUCAGGUGUUCACUACCAGCGAGCUCUCAGAGGAGAUGCUAUUGACUGCUGGCUGGAGGGAGGUGUCUGGCUACUUCCAGUGCUUCAGACCUUUUGCAGGAAACUUGACUCUUGCUCCCCUUCCUUUGUAUAUAUAUAUAUCCUGUAUGUGUUCAGGAUCCACCCCAUUGAACUCCGCUUCAUGUACAAUUCAUAUCUUUAUCUGAUGGGAAUCCUUCCUCACCCACCUCUCCAAAAAACCCAACAACGACACAAGAGUCGGUGAUAGUCCACGGUUUCAAAGUGUUCCUCUGGCAGGAGGGGACUAUAAUCCAUCUUGGGCCAUGUGGAGGAAGAUGGCAAGCAAUGUACUCGAAGCUCACAACUAAACCAAGUCCAGGAUGCCCUUACUCCUUCAUACUGGUUUCUGCUGCCUCGGCCAAAGUACUGCUCUCUUAGGAAAGCCAUUGUCCGAGAGAAGCAAAGUCUCCAGUUGCUCUUGGCUGUCCCAGUUUUUGCAGGCCUUAAGAGUCAGCCCGAUUCAGAAGAUGUGAUCCUUGCUGGUGCUGUUGGGUUGCAAUGAACAGCAGCAAAUCUGCAAGGAAAGCAAGUGUCUGCAAAACCUUGCCUUCGGUUUUGGUUCUCGCAGUGGGUUUGUGGCUGCGUUGGGGUGUGGGGAGAGACAGAGAACGGCCAGUUCAGAACUCUUCCAUUGGAACCCCCGUCUUGUGAAUGGGCACCCGUAUCUGAAAUCCUCCUGUGUCUUUUGUGCGAUAAACUCUUCUCCUACCCUUUCCCCCUUUCUAGAGUUAACCUCUCCCAGGCUUUUGCAGGCUUCUGUUGGGUCCCACUUCCCACUCAUCCCUCGCUGCAAGCCAGCUUCUGAGACAUGCAUCAGUAGAGGACUGGCUUCCUCCAUGAGGUCAUGUUGCAGAGAGAGGGAGAGCAAGCACUUUUGAAAGUUUAAAUGACGUGCCGAUGCAACUGGAAAGGUUUGUAAAUAGAGGUGGAGUACUUUAGAUCAAGAAGGAUUUCUCCAACAGUACAACAAUGCUCUAGUAGUAAGUGCUGCGCGCUAGAGGCUCAAAAACACUUGUAAACUUGGAGAAAUCACCUGGUUGGUUUCUUUUUAAAUGUUCUCUGUCAUUUCCCAAGUGGCUGUCUAAAAGGCAGUGUAUCUUCUUAGACUCCCUCAUCCUCUUGCAGUCAGCCUGAACUUUGGUUGGAGCGCCCAAUGGGAGAGUUUUGUGUGCUAUGUGGUUUUUUAACGCUGUGCUUGAAGGCAUUGCAUUGCAGCACCUACCCAGGAGAAGGCUGUCUUAAGUAGUGGAACAAAAAGCACUGUUGGAAAGGACUUCCACCACCAUUUGUUCUGUGCUUCUACAGAGCAGGUCAUAGGUCCAGCUUUCCUGGUUCAAGAUGAGGAUUAUGCCAAAUCAUAAUGGUGCUUCCAAGACUUACUGGUUACUUCGGCUCUUGGAGCAGAGAUGGAAAGGGAGCUUUUUCAAGUCCCCCCCUCUUGUGUGUAUUAAGAGAACCAGUGUUUCAUUCCCACUUCCUUUUAUUAGGUAAAUUGACCCCCCCCCAAGCUAUAAUUAGUUCAGCCCCCUUUUACUCUGCACUUCAUUGUGCUGAAUGAUUUGUUAAGUGUAACUCUGGGUACUGUGGCUUGUUGUUUUGGUUGGGGCCAGCAAAAAGCAUUGUACAAAAAUGUCAACUCUUAGAAAAGAAUAACAAUUGAGCGAC